AUGGUUGGCUUUAAUGUAGAAAAUGAAGAAUCUUUGAAUUCUAUGUAUAUUUGCUCACAUUGUUCUUUGUUACUACGAGAUCCUGUGCAAUUAACUGAAUGUGGUCAUCGUUUUUGUCAAUCAUGUAUUAAUGAACAAGAAAGCGAUAUAAUCACAUGUUCAGAAUGUCGUGAUAAAAUAUCUCGAAACAAAUUAAUAAUCGAUCGUGGUUUUAAAAAUGAUAUGCAGUCCUUAUCGAUUGUAUGUUCACUUUGUAGUUGGACUGAUAUAUUAAAAAAUUACCAAGAUCAUCUUGAUCAAAUUCAUCCAAAUCCAAUAUGUAAGUAUUGUGAUGAAAAAUUUUCUUCAAUCAGUGAUCUUGAUCGACACAAACAAUAUAAUUGUGAAAAAAUCACUGUUUAUUGUCCUUUAAAACAAUUUGGAUGUGAAGAAAUGAUUCUUCGUAUUAAUCUUUGUCAACAUUAUCUUAGUGAACAACAUCAAAAAAUAUUCAUGAAUAUUGUUCGUCAUUUGACACCAAUAUUACCAAAUGUUAUGUAUAAACAAUCCGAAAUCUCGUCACAAAUGACAAUUGAUCUUUCUUAUACGACAGAAAACGAUAGAAUUCAAUUAGAAGAAUUCUAUGAGAUGAUUAACCUUCUAUCAGGUGGUAUUGAAACAUUAAAUGAUGAUAUACAACGUCUUUUCAUUGAAUCUAUUUCUCAUAAAAAUGGAUUGGAUCCUUUGACGAAAGACUUAUCAAUACUGAAAGUCUCAAUUGAAGAACAGAAUAAUUUUCUCGAUGGUGUGAAAAUGAAUCAACAAGUUCUUGAACAAGAUCUUGCAUCUAUGGAACAAAAAAUUAAUGAUAUGAAAACGAGUUCUUAUGAUGGAACAUUCGUUUGGAAAAUAACGAAUGUACAAGAAAAAAUGAUCAAUGCUCAAUCUGAAAGACAAACAUCGAUUUAUUCUGCAGCAUUUUAUUCCUCCACAACAGGUUAUAAAAUGUGUACUCGUCUCUAUUUAAAUGGUGAUGGUAAUGCUCGUCGAACACAUAUGUCAUUAUUUUUCGUCCUUAUGCGUGGUCAAUAUGAUGCUAUUCUAAAAUUUCCAUUUCAUUAUAAAGUAACAUUUUGUCUUUAUGAUCAAAGUGCUCAACAACGUCAUCUUCUUGAUUCAUUUCGACCAGAUAUCAAAUCGGCUAGUUUUCAACGACCACGUUCAGACAUGAAUAUUGCAAGUGGUAUACCAAAAUUUGUUCCUCUAACAUUCAUACAACAUGAUAAUAAUCCAUAUGUUCGUGAUGAUGCAAUGUUUAUCAAAGUGAUGAUUGAUUUUGGUGAUAUGCCAAAAACACUUUUACCUUAUGCAUUAAGUCUUAAUCCAGGUAUACCGACUGAAAUGCAACAAAAUAUGAUUCAACAAGAAUCUGAGAGACGACAGCAACAGCAAAUAUUUACGUCUUCAAUGGCACAUGCUGAGACAGAUCAAUCUGUGAACGUGAAUUUACAGCAGACCAAUACGCUCUUGAAUAUACCUACCAACAUAGACAAUGAACUAAGUGAUCCAACGAACAAUACUAUAAAUCAGAGAUGUGCGGGGCAUUGA